GCAGCAGCAACAACUAGUGCCUUAGACACUCUCCAUCAACAAACUCUAGCUGAUCAAUCCUAGCUAAGCUUAUUGCAUAGCAAUCAAUGGGGUGCUCCAAAACCCUAGCAGCUGGCCUGCUCGCCAUGCUUUUCCUAGCUCCGGCCGUCCUGGCUACCGACCCUGACCUUCUCCAGGACUUCUGCGUCGCUGACCUCGACGGCAAGGCCGUCUCGGUGAAUGGGCACACGUGUAAGCCCAUGUCGGAGGCCAGCGACGACUUCCUCUUCUCAUCCAAGCUGGCCAAGGCCGGCAACACAUCCACCCCGAACGGCUCGGCCGUGACGGAGCUCGACGUGGCCGAGUGGCCCGGUACCAACACACUCGGUGUGUCCAUGAACCGCGUGGAUUUUGCACCUGGAGGCACCAACCCGCCACACAUCCACCCGCGUGCCACCGAGAUCGGCAUCGUGAUGAAAGGUGAGCUCCUCGUGGGAAUCCUUGGCAGCCUCGACUCCGGGAACAAGCUCUACUCGAGGGUGGUGCGCGCCGGAGAGACGUUCCUCAUCCCACGGGGCCUCAUGCACUUCCAGUUCAACGUCGGUAAGACCGGGGCCUCCAUGGUCGUCUCCUUCAACAGCCAGAACCCCGGCAUCGUCUUCGUGCCCCUCACGCUCUUCGGCUCCAACCCGCCCAUCCCGACGCCGGUGCUCACCAAGGCGCUCCGGGUAGAGGCCGGGGUCGUGGAACUUCUCAAGUCCAAGUUUGCCGCUGGGUUUUAAUUCCUGGGAGACUGCCCAUAAAUUAAAACCCAGCGGCGAACUUGGACUUGAAGUUAUAAAUAUUGAAGUUAUAAAUAUUGAAGUUAUAAACCCGGUUUAAAUAUACUUGUAGUUCCAGUUUGAAUUAUAUCCCUUCAAUAUUUAUAACUUCAUUUUAAUGCCUAAAAAUAGCAAACCAAUCCAGAGCGAGGCUUAAUUUUGAUAUGGACUUUUAAAAUUUGUAUUUUCAUUUUUACAAAAAAAUCAGGAGCCUUCUAUUUUCUAUACAUAUGUACUUUGUAUAUGGUGCCUUAACUCCCUAUUUCAAAAAAAAAACAAACUCGGAGUAUUACAUAACAAGAUCCAAAAUGAACGCAUAUAAGUAUAUAAUAGUGAGAAUGGCGUUUUGGAGGCCGAGCUCCAUGGAGCCCUUUAUUUAAAAAAACAAAUUCAAAAUUUUAUGUUUCAAAAAAUUCUGAAAAAAAUAUGCGUAUAUGUAAGGAUGUAACCCACAUGUGUGUA